AUGGCUACCCCAGCAGACGUCCAGCAAGCCACCCUCGCCCGCUUCCUGGCUGGUUGGAAGAAUUGGUCUGCCGCUGAAAUGGCCCAGGUCUGGUCCGACGACUACACCCAAGCCGCCUUGCCUUUCUCCUUGGGCCAUCCACCCCGGACCCGUGCGCAGGUCGAGGCAACUCUGCCACUCCUUCAGAAGGUCGUCACUGACUACGAGUUAAUCAUCCACAACCUUGUACAUGACACGACGCAGGGCAAAGCAGUCGUCUACGCCCUGUCAAAGGGAAAUACACCCUUCGGAGAGUGGAACAACGAAUAUGCCGUCUUCUUCACAUUUGAUGAGAGCAGAGAGCAUAUCGUCAAGAUCGAGGAGAUGGUGGACACAGCUUUUAUGAAGGAAUUCUUUCCCAAGUUUCAGAAUUUUGUACGCGAGCAGCAGCAGCAGCAGCAGCAGCAGGGCCAAUAA